UCACAGAAUAAUUUGUGUUAUCUUAUCAAAUGGCCAUCACUCCAGUUUGCUUGAAACAAUUAGUAUUUUAUUAUAUAAUUGUUGUUUGAACGCACAGCACAAGAAUGAAAGUUUGGUGGUUUUCACUUGCGUUGGUAAAUGUGUUGGGCGGCUGUGCUGAGAAUAAUGGAUCAUUCCUCGGCGAAGAGGCGCGGUCCGUGCUGGAGGGGUCUCGCUGCAGCAGCGUGCAGGACUGGGGCUGCGGGCCGGUCUUGGUGUGCCGUGCAGGCACGUGUCACUGCAGGAACUGCACGGACCUGGAGACGAUGCAGCCGUACUGGCGUGUCUGUCGAGCCUGCUUGAAUGUUCGUAGAACAUAUAAUUACUCUUUUGGCAGUAGAGAUAAGUUUUGGCCAUGCUAUGUUGGCCAACACUGUGAGUGUGUUACAAAAUGCAGUGUACAGAUGCAGAUAAUGAAGAGUGAAAUCACUGGAACUAAAAUCGUGCUGACUGCAGCAGCUGCUGUUGCGAUGUUGGCAGCCGUGACUCUGUUCUGGCACAGUUAUUACCGGAACACGAGGUGUACAAGGAGGGACGAUUCAGUAACUGACCAGUCGCAGUUGGCUCACGGUGCAGACGCGAGACACAGCAUCUCGUUCAUCCAGCAGCACGUACUGACCAGACUGCGCAGCCCGCCUCCCAGCUACGACGACACUUGCCACAUUCGUCUCGAGAGGCCCCCGCCUUACGACGUGGCCACUACCGGUGCCGUGGAGACAACCAUGCCAGCUGUGCCACAACCCUCCGAGGUGGUUUGUGGAACAGAGAAUCUUUCGUUCAACCCUGAUGGGGUUGCCACUGCCACCACUACUACACAGUCAGUAGUGCACAUCAGUUAACUUGCCAAGCAACACUGACCACCCUCAACUUUGUUUGUGGAGAGACUCGCUGUGAGAGUGAAAAUACACUUUUUUUUUUUUUUUGGAGAGACUCGCUGAACGUAGAAGUGAAAAAAGUGAAAAGUGAUUAUUAUUAUUUUUCACUGUAUUUAUUAUUUUAUACCACUUAACAGUGAUUAAAAACUCCAAAACCUGCUACA